AAGGAGGCUGGCACUAUCCUUUCCUGCCCUAAUCCGUCAGCUAUGUCUCUUGUGUUGAUGCUGGUUACAGACACAGUAAGGAAACUUCAGACUAGAAUUUUAAGGCUACGAAUGAAUUUUAAGAUAGAUUUGUUGUGAAGCCUGGACACCAUCGAUUGGAUGUGAACUUCAGUUUGAUCUGUUCUGAAGUGAAAAUUGAAGACAAGAUCUGAUAGGACUCUUGAGUACCCACCUGGACCACCACAACAGAACAUGAGACACAUUACUACAUAUAUUUGCUUUUAGCUAGCAAAUCUUUUCUGUAUAAGCUGCACUGCACAUAGCAAAUUGGGUGAAUUUGUGUUGUUAGAUGUUAACAUCAUUGUUCACUAUUAACUUUAAAAGCCAGUGAUAGGUACACAGUCUCUGUAACUAAGGACUUUGACACUAGUUGGUUAGCAUAAUUUGCACUUUUUCUACUUGCUGUAAAAUUAGCUUUUAGCCUAGCAGGCUCACUUCAAGCCAAAUGGCUGACCCGUGGCAAAACAACACAUACCACCAAGGAGGAGGUGACAGCUAUGGGAGUUAUGGAGAAGGUGGUGGCCAUGAUGGAUAUGGCUAUCAGGCAGACUAUCCUCCCCAAGAAGAGGAUGCAGCAAGUGACGUGACUGAAGGACAUGAUGAAGAGGAUCAAAUGUACGAAGGAGAAUAUCAAGGGAUACCACAUCCUGACGAGGUGAAGGCUGCACAGAGAGCCGCACGGGCUAAAGCUCGAGCAGCCGGCAGUGCAGUCUCUGAACUAGAAGAGUUAUCUGAACAAUACGAAGACAUCAUGGAGGACUGUGGGCACGGGAAGUUCCAGUGGACGCUCUUUGUGGUGUUGGGCCUGGCUCUGAUGGCUGAUGGAGUCGAAUGUUUUGUGGUAGCGUUCGUUCUACCAUCUGCAGAAAAGGAUCUGUGUCUCUCCAAUGCAGAGAAAGGAAUGUUAGGUUUGACUGUCUUUCUGGGCAUGAUGGUAGGAGCGUUCUUGUGGGGUGGUCUGGCUGACAAAGUUGGCCGUCGGCGCUGUCUGGUUGUGGCACUAGCAAUAAACUGUGCCUUUGUCUUCCUGUCUUCGUUCGCCCAAGGCUACGGCUUCUUCCUCUUCUUCAGGCUGCUGUCUGGCGUUGGAAUUGGUGGCACAGUGCCGAUCGUGUACUCGUACUUCUCCGAAUUUCUUCAAAUGGACAAGAGAGGAGAGCAUUUGUCCUGGUUGUGUAUGUUUUGGAUGAUUGGUGGGAUCUACGCUUCGUUCACUGCCUGGGGAAUCAUACCCAGAUACGGCUGGGGGUUCAGCAUGGGCACGGAGUUCCAGUUCCACAGCUGGCGGGUGUUUGUCCUGGUUGCGGCUCUUCCUGCUAUUGCCUCUCUGGUUGGACUCACCUUCAUGCCUGAGAGUCCCCGCUUCCUCUUGGAGAAUGCCAAGCACGAUGAGGCGUGGAUGAUACUGAAGCAGGUCCAUGAUACCAACUGGAGGGCCAAGGGUCAGCCAGAAAAAGUCUUUACUGUGACUCACAUCAAGGCUCCUAAAACAGCAGAGGAUGAGUUUAUAGAAAUUCAGAGUGCUACAGGAACAGCUGUACAACGAUGGGCUGUACGCUCACUAACACUCUGUAAACUGGUGUUGAGGAACGUAGCAUCACUCCUCUCUGCAGAGCUGAGGUUUGCCACACUCUUUAUGGCCAUCAUCUGGUUCUGCAUGGCUUUCAGUUACUAUGGUCUGUCUGUUUGGUUCCCUGAUAUGAUCAAACACCUUCAGCAUGAGGAGUACGAGUCCAAGGUGAAGGUGUUCCAUAAAGAACGAGUGGAGAACUUCCAUUUUAACUUUUCUUUAGAGAACCAGAUCCAUAAAGAAGGGGAAUACAUCCAUGACAAGUUCAUCAGUAUAGAGAUGAAGUCGGUGAAGUUUGAAAGUUCACUGUUUGAAGACUGUCGCUUUGAAGACAUCAGGUCCACAGACACUGUGUUUGAGAACUGCACCAUCCGUUCCACUGUCUUCUAUAACACAGACCUGUGGGAGGAGAAGUUCAUUGACUGUAAGAUGGAGAACACCACCUUUGAGCACAAUAAAUAUGGCUGCCACCUGGACACUGUUGAGGAGAACGAUGUUCUAAUUUACCUGGUCAGCUUCCUGGGCAGUCUGGCUGUGUUGCCAGGCAACAUCAUCUCAGCCCUCUUCAUGGAGAAGAUUGGCAGGGUCAAGAUUAUAGGUGGCUCGAUGCUCAUCUCAGCAGGCUGCACGUUCUUCCUGUUUCUGAGCUUCAGCCAAUCAGCGAUCAUUGCCAUGCAGUGUCUGUUCUGUGGCGUCAGUGUUGCUGCAUGGAAUGGCAUCGAGGUGGUGACCGUGGAGCUGUACCCUACUUCUAAAAGGGCCACAGCAUUUGGUGUGCUGAAUGCUCUGUGUAAGCUGGCGGCAGUGCUCGGCAGCUCUAUCUUUGCCAGCUUUGUGGGCAUCACCAAAGUCGUCCCCAUCCUGCUGUCCUUCACUGCGCUAGUGUGUGGUGGCCUGGUGGCCCUCAAACUACCCGACACGCGAGAGAGAAUCCUUCAGUGAGGUCAUGUGAGAUCCUGGGGGUGGGAGUCAUAAGGGGAGGGAGAGGCCAAAACAUACGUGCUUAAUGUUGGAAGCUUUUCUUAUUGAUUUUGACUUCACUCUGCAUUUAAAAGAAAGCAGGAAUAGCUUAUACAUAUUAAAUGUAAAUGCCAACCUCAAAUUUUUUCAUGGAAACCAUCUCAUUUUGUACAGAGGGUAGGUGACCUUUUCACUAAUGGCACUGAUGGCAGGUAUAGGGUUUAGGUGUACACAAUUGUCAGUGUUUAACUGGAAACUGAGAAAACAUUUUUUAUUUCUUAGUGAGUGAGAACUUCAAUAAUUGUGUAAAACUGAUUUUAUUUAAAGAAAAUAUUCAUGCAACUGGCAACCUCAGCAUGACCUGAAAGUUCAGUCCCCGAGUACAACCCCAUUCUUGACUCCCAUGAUAAUUGGUAGAUGGCAUGUGGUUGCUUUUGCCUUAACAUAUCACUAGCAGUUUUUAACAUCUCAUUGCAUCAAACUAAUAAAGAGGCUUAUUAGCAAUGAAUACUGCAGCAGAGUAAAUUGAAGUCAAACAACUAUAUAUAUUUGUAUUGAAAUCCAAAUGUUCCUCUAUUGUGCUGUAUGUUCUGCACGAGUAUUAUAACCUCUCCUCUGGAGUUCAGUCUGAUACUAAUAUCCUCUUGCCAUUAAUACAGGGAAAAUCACUUGGAUUUACUUACACAGAAAACAUAUAUCUGAGAAAACACACACUUUACUUACUUCAUUUACUUUUCUGUCACCUGGAGUUUUGGAUCAGUGUAUUUUCUGGACAGCAAUGUUUUGACAAGGCCCUGUUAGAAAUCAUUUGGUCUGUUGAGUGUGUUAAUGUUACUGUUUUUCUUUCUCAUUUUAAAUCCACUUACAGUUAUUUUUUACCUUCUCAUUUUUUUUUACUCAUACUUGUUAUGGGCCUAAACUCUUAUUUGAAUUAUUGCAAAAAUGUCCUGUUUACAGGUACAAUAGAAAUCCUGCUGUAGGACCACACACUACCUUCCCAAUGUUGAUGAAAAAUAAAUGAUGAAAAUGCUUGUAAAUUGAAAAUUCAUCAUAAUCAUAUUUUCAAAUGAUAUGAUAAAUAAAACUUUAUGCAAGCAUAACUGCCAUUUAUCACGCAGGUGGAGUACACAAAAUGAACAUGAUAGAAAAAUUAAGGCAAAUUGAAACCAGGUGUUAAGUGAAGUCAAAAGAUGAUUGAUUAAUAACUUGUGGAAAAUAUUGCACUACAAAAAAAGAGUACAUUUGUUUGAUUUUGUAUACUACUGCAACCGCUUUUAGCAAAAAAGUGUGUCUCUAGUACAGAGAGGUGGGGAACAUGUUGAGCCUAGCUUAGCACAAAGAUAAAACAUGAAACUGCUCUUGAAACCAUGAUGUGUAAUUUUUCUGUCAAUUUCUAGAUGUGUUGAAUAGAGUAAAUCCAAUGUGUGAAGAGUGCUUUAAAAAAAUCAAUUGAUUUAUUCUUUUACAAUUUUUACACAUGCUAUGUCCAAAAUAUAUCUUCACUGACAUGAAUUAAUGUUGGAUGAACAUUUUGUCAUUUUUGUUCCAAGCCACAAGCAUUGAAGCUCAGUAAAAUUAGAUUCCAUUGUUCCUAUUGACAGCAGAAAUUUAGGAAUGACAGCAAUAGUUAAAAAUGACUGAAGUAGUUCUUAAUGAAGUAGACAGGCAAUUAUAUUAAAUGUAAGUUAAGUAUAUUUAAUGAAAGUUUUGAUAAUUCAUUAUUUACUGCUUUGCUGAUAGGAUUACUAUUAUUCUGCAAAUGAAUCAUUUUUAAGGGGCUAAAGGUGCAUAUUAAAAGUGAAAAUUUGCACACGCAUCAGAACCGGUGAAACUUUUGAUAUUGCUUGGGUGUAACAUAAUGGAUUGAUAGUACCCACUAACAACAUUUCAAAGAAGUAGCCCUUGCAGUACGUGCACUCAGCACUCCUUUUUCAUUUGUGAUGGUCUUCCCCGCCCUGUCGUAGGCACUUCUGGACACAGGUGGUGGUACAAAAUUUGCAAAACAUCAUUUUCAGUGCCACAAAGUCCACGCAGGAAAUAAAGUCUAACUCAUGUGUCCAACAGUCAAUAAAUGUGAGAAAUUAAUACAAAGUAAUAAUAAAACAUUUAUUGCAACCCAA